AUGGCUGAGGGCGGCUACGAUUACAGUUUUGUUGAUGAACAUCUUCCUGAGGAAUUCAGAUGUGGCCUCUGCACAUUAGUUGCGCGUGAUCCACAACAAACAGACUGCUGCCACAAUAUCUUUUGUGAUAAUUGUUUAAAGAAACUUCGUCGAUCAACAAGGCCAUCGAAACCCAAAUGCCCUCUUUGUGGUCAGAAAAAGUUCGCCUCCUUCAACGAUGGAAGGAUCAAUCGUAAAGUCAUCGGCCUUGAAGUUUACUGCAGUAACCGCGAGGAGGGUUGUGAUUGGCAGGGAACCAUCAACGAAACUGGUACCUCAAUAGGUAUUCAUCUGAACAAUUGCCCCUAUCAACUGGUACCUUGCACUGAGGAGUGUGGAGAGGAGAUUAGGAGAAGUGCACUGGAGACGCACCUGGCAGACGACUGUACCAAACGAUUGGUUAACUGUAAGUAUUGCAACCGGAUAGGUCGAUAUCAACUGAUAACAAGUAGCAGUCAUCUUGACGAGUGUCCUGACCUCCCAGUCCAAUGCAGUAAUGAAGGUUGCAAUGAGAAGAUACCACGAAAUUCAGUGGUUUCACACAAUAAGACCUGCCCUAAAGCUUUUGUACCAUGUGAAUACAAUACUGUUGGAUGUAAUAAGAAAAUAAAGAGACAAGAACAAGAGAAACACAAUGAAAUGUCAAUACUUACACACCAACAUUUAACAAAGAAGCAACUAGAAGAGAGAAUAAAAUCUUUUGGAAGAAAUUCGGAGGUGUUUAAAGUAAACCAAUUUGGAAACAUUGAAACAUGGCAGAGUCCUGGCUUCUACACAUCACCCUCGUUCAAGUACAAGAUGUCUUUAUUAGUUUUUCCUAAUGGGAAGGGUGCAGGUAAAGGUACUCACGUCUCUUGUUUCUUAUGUUUCGUAGCAGGAGAAUAUGAUGAUAUAUUGGAGUGGCCAUUUGAAGGAGAAGUUACUAUAGAACUACUGAAUCGACUGGAGGAUAAGAAUCAUAAGAAAUGCACCAUAUCAUUUGAUGACACACUUCCAGAGAAAUACAGGCAAAGAGUAAAGAAAGGUACAAGCACUAACAGAUAUGGUAUCGACACAUUUGUAUCGCACGAAGAACUGAAGUAUAAUGCAAUUACUAAUCAUCAAUAUCUUAAAGACGAUACGCUUUACUUUCGAAUAAGUAUAGAGGUUGCACGAAUGAGGCCAUGGCUACUUUGUUGA